GGCCUCCACCAUCCUGACAGCAGGCUCGUCAUGUGACCUGGUGGUGGGGCUGUUAUCACGUGACUCAUUCCAGCUGCUCUCCGGGUCCGGCGGCCGCUGCACUGACGUCAUUCAUCCCUCCGCCGGGGCCUCACGGAUACCGAUCACUGCUGUUCCCCCCCGCCGCCGCCAUGACGUCCUUCUCCGAGCUCUACUUCAACGUGGAUAGCGGAUACCUUGAAGGCCUGGUCCGCGGGUUCAAGGGCGGGAUCCUGUCACAGGGGGACUACUUGAACCUGGUGCAGUGCGAGACCCUGGAGGAUCUUAAGUUGCACCUGCAGAGCACAGACUAUGGAACCUUCCUGUCCAACGAAGCCUCGCCCCUCGCUGUUUCUGUCAUCGACGACAAGCUGAAGGAAAAGAUGGUGGUGGAGUUCAGACAUAUGAGGAAUCAGUCAUAUGAGCCGCUGGCCAGCUUCAUGGAUUUCAUCACGUACAGCUACAUGAUUGACAAUGUUAUCUUGCUGAUUACGGGGACCUUGCACCAGCGCUCAAUUUCCGAGCUAGUACCCAAGUGCCACCCAUUGGGGAGCUUUGAACAGAUGGAAGCUGUUAACAUCGCCCAGACGCCCGCAGAGCUGUACAAUGCCAUCCUGGUUGACACUCCUUUAGCUGCAUUUUUCCAAGACUGCAUAUCGGAACAGGACCUUGACGAAAUGAACAUUGAAAUCAUCAGAAACACACUCUACAAGGCUUACUUGGAAUCCUUCUACAAGUUUUGCAAAGGGCUUGGAGGAACUACCGCAGAUGCCAUGUGUCCCAUUCUGGAGUUUGAAGCUGACCGCCGGGCGUUUAUAAUCACCAUUAAUUCAUUUGGCACGGAGCUCUCCAAAGAAGACCGUGCCAAGCUGUUUCCACACUGCGGUAAACUGUACCCUGAAGGGCUGGCUCAGUUGGCGAAAGCUGAUGACUACGAGCAGGUCAAAACAGUAGCUGACUAUUACCCAGAGUACAAACUGCUGUUUGAAGGAGCAGGAAACAAUCCAGGAGAUAAAACACUUGAAGACAGAUUCUUUGAACACGAGGUGAAACUGAAUAAGUUGGCCUUUCUAAACCAGUUCCACUUCGGUGUAUUUUAUGCCUUUGUCAAGCUAAAAGAGCAGGAGUGCCGGAAUAUCGUGUGGAUUGCAGAGUGCAUCGCCCAGAGGCACCGAGCCAAGAUCGACAACUACAUUCCUAUCUUCUAGAUAUUCUUCGCGCACCUGGUCUCCCACUGCUCUCCUCCCUGCAGACACUUCCUCUGCCUUACGGUCUGAUCCAAUCCAUGAAGUGGGCAUGACGUAUAAAGUUUUAAGAUUCAACAAAGUUUAUUUUAACUGAUCCAGUAGCCGGUUUUGCUAUAUUUAUGGCAUUUAACCACGGCGAGUUUGUCAUCCCUGCAAGGCCUGCCUUUCCACUGGCUGUGAAGGAGUUAACGAUCGGUUUAACCCUUCAGAAUCUUCCUAUGAAGAUUGUGAUGUAUAGACCUAGAUGUGUGUGUGUGUGUGCGCGCACAGACGCUACGGGUGCUGUACAAAUGUCAGACUUUAGUUCUCUUACCUGAAUCUGCAUCAUUCACCACUAGUCUUGGUGUGUUGGGAUUCACUGGUCAUUUCUCCGUUCCUCCCAUCACUUACUGAAAGACUCGUCAAUGCAGUGAUAAGCGGAACAGGGAAUCCCCAGUGACUCUCAACCACGGCAGGGCCUGGCUCAGUAAUGAUAUGGGGACUCCUGUGAAGGUUGUGAACGGGUGACAAAUGGUAUCUUAGAUGUGAGGGGACAUGUUCAUUGUGGUCCACUUAGCGUAGGAAUAUAUUUGUUGUACUGUAUUAUGUUGUAACCUCUCUCACUGUAUCAUAAUAGGUGUUUACACAAAUAAAAGUGUCACUCCCA